AAUGCGCUGCCGUGCACGUGGUGCUGAAGGCGCGGGCCGGCCCCCGGGGCGCCCUGCGCUACCACGUGCUCAGCCUGGCCCUCUCCGCCCUGCUGCUGCUGCUGGUCGGCAUGCCCAUGGAGCUUUACAACUUCGUGUGGUUCCACUACCCCUGGGUCUUCGGCGACCUGGGCUGCCGCGCUUACUACUUCUUGCGCGAGCUGUGCACCUACGCCACGGUGCUCAGCGUGGCCUGCCUGAGCGCCGAGCGCUGCCUGGCCGUGUGCCAGCCCCUGCGCGCCCGCAGCCUGCUGACGUUGCGCAGGACUCGCCGCCUGCUGUCGCUCGUCUGGGCCGCCUCGCUCGGCCUGGCCCUGCCCAUGGCAGUCAUCAUGGGGCAAAAGCACGAGCUGGAGACGGCGGGCGGGGAGCCAGAGCCCGCCUCGCGCGUGUGCACCGUGCUGGUGAGCCGCACCACGCUGCAGAUCUUCAUCCAGGUGAACGUGCUGGUGUCCUUCGUGCUCCCUUUGGCAUUAACUGCCUUCCUAAAUGGGGUCACCGUGAGCCACCUGGCAGCCCUCUGCUCCCAGGUGCCACCCCCUCCUGCCACAGGCAGUUCUGCCCCCGGUCGCCUGGAGCUAAUGAGAGAGGAGAGGAAGACACUGUCCCUGGGGGGCCAGGCCAGCCUGGUGAGACACAAGCACUCCAGCCGCAUCCACGGCCUCCAGCACAGCAUCCAGGUUCUCAGGGCCAUCGUGGCCGUGUAUGUCGUCUGCUGGAUGCCGUACCAUGCCCGCAGGCUCAUGUACUGCUACAUCCCCGACGACAGCUGGACUGACAAGCUCUACGAUUUCUAUCACUACUUCUACAUGGUGACAAACACGCUUUUCUACGUCAGCUCAGCGGUGACCCCUGUCCUGUACAAUGCUGUGUCUUCCUCCUUCAGAAAGCUCUUCCUGGAAGCCCUCGGCUCCCUGUGUCCAGAGCACCACCGCAUGGAGCCAUUCUCCCCGGAAAGCCCGGAGCCCCGCCCCAGUGGAUACAGCUUCCGGCUCUGGGGCCCCCCUAGGAAGCCCGGCCUGGAUGACAUCGAAGAAUAAGAAUAACAAUGACAGCCCAGGCGUCGAGCACUCAGACAAGCAACCUCACCACUAAUAAUCCAAGCCGUGCGGUCAGGCGGGUCUACACGGACCGCAGUCCUGCCCCUUACAGCCGUGCAACGGCAGGCGAGUCACUUACACCUGUUGGCUUCCGUCCCCUCACCUGUAUGAUGGAGACGGUUAAUAGCCAUCUCCUAGCGUUGUCUGAAGAUUGAAUGCCUAGCACGGUGCCUGGUGUAUAAUAUAGGAUAUGUUUCACUGGCA